AUGCCACGGCCUUAUGUGGGGCCAGAGGGCCCAGGCUGUAAUCGGCACAAGGGUGGGGUGUGGCCCCUAGGCUGUCCACUCACGAGGCAGGCGGAGCACGAGAUGACCAUCGAAUCGUGCAGUACAUUGGCCCGGGGUACCCCAUUUCGAACAACGGCAUUGGGGGGCAGGUGUGCCGAUAACACGGGACGUGGGACGGGGAACCGAGAGGUGAGACUCAAACAAAACUGUUCCGCGGGAGCCUGCCUGGCGCGGGCCUCAGUUCUCAUGACUGCCAGUACUGGGACCUACCUCAUCCACGGAGGAGGCAUGGACGGGAACCGACACCACACUUCCCACUCCUCCCGUUCCUCAUCCGCAAUGCUUGAAAUGGCGAUUGAAAACCUCCAAAAGUCUGAAGGGAUUGCAUCUCACAAAAGCAGCCUGCUCAACAGCCAUCUGCAAUGGCUGCUAGACAACUACGAGACUGCAGAGGGGGUCAGCCUCCCCAGGAGCUCCCUCUACAACCACUACCUUCGUCACUGCCAGGAGCAGAAACUGGAUCCCGUCAACGCAGCCUCCUUUGGGAAACUCAUUCGCUCCGUCUUCAUGGGGCUGAGAACCAGACGGCUGGGCACAAGAGGGAACUCAAAGUAUCACUACUAUGGGAUCCGUCUGAAACCAGACUCUCCCCUGAACCGCUUGCAGGAAGAUUCCCAGUACAUGGCAAUGAGACAGCAGCCUGUCCAC